AUGAAGUCCAACGUGGCCCUUUUCGUGGGGCUUGUGGCGGUGGCCGUUCUGGCGGCGACGGUGGUCUCGGCUGACGAGCCUGUGGGCACAGUCAUUGGCAUCGAUCUCGGCACGACGUACUCGUGCGUGGGAGUGUUCAAGAACGGACGUGUGGAGAUUCUGACCAACGAGCUGGGCAACCGGAUCACGCCGUCGUGGGUGGCGUUCUCCGAGUCUGGCGAGCGGCUCAUCGGCGAGGCGGCCAAGAACCAGGCUGCGCUCAACCCGGAGAACACGAUCUACGACGCCAAGCGUCUGAUCGGGCGGUCGUUUGACGACAAGGACGUCCAGCGCGACCGCAAGCUCCUGCCGUUCAAGAUUGUCAACGACGGCGGCCGGCCGAAGAUCGAGGUCUCGGUCAAGGGCGAUGUGAAGCGGUUCACGGCCGAGGAGAUCUCGGCCAUGGUCCUGACCAAGAUGAAGCAGGUUGCCGAGGCGUACCUCGGGCACGAGGUCAACAACGCAGUGGUCACUGUCCCGGCGUACUUUAACGACGCGCAGCGGCAGGCGACCAAGGACGCCGGCACCAUUUCGGGUCUCAACGUCAUGCGGAUCAUCAACGAGCCGACGGCUGCGGCGAUUGCCUACGGUCUCGACAAGACCGGCGCCGAGAAGAACAUCCUGGUCUUUGACCUUGGUGGCGGCACCUUUGACGUCUCGAUGCUCACCAUCGACAACGGCGUGUUUGAGGUGAUGGCGACGAACGGCGACACUCACCUCGGCGGUGAGGACUUUGACCAGCGGGUCAUGGCGCACCUCAUCAAGAUCUUCAAGAAGAAGACCGGCAUUGACCUCAAGGCCGGCAACCACAAGAAGGCGCUCGCCAAGCUCCGCCGCGAGGUCGAGAAGGCCAAGCGUGCGCUCUCGACAGUCCACCAGACCAAGAUCGAGAUCGAGGCUCUCGAGGACGGGCAGGACCUGUCGGAGACCCUGACUCGGGCCAAGUUUGAGGAGCUCAACAUGGACCUGUUCAAGAAGACGCUCGGCCCGGUCAAGAAGGUCCUCAAGGACUCUGGCCUUGCCAAGUCUGAGGUCGACGAGAUUGUGCUUGUGGGCGGUUCGACUCGGAUCCCCAAGGUGCAGGAGAUGAUCAAGAAGGUGUUCAACGGCAAGGAGCCGAACCGCGGGAUCAACCCCGACGAGGCUGUGGCCUACGGCGCCGCCGUCCAGGGCGGUGUGCUCUCGGACGAGGAGGGUACCGGCGACGUGGUCCUCCUUGACAUGACUCCGCUCUCGCUCGGCAUCGAGACCGUCGGCGGCGUCAUGACCAACAUCAUCGACCGCAACACCGUGGUCCCGACCAAGAAGUCCCGCGUCUUCUCGACGUACCAGGACAACCAGGAGCAGGUUGACAUCCAGGUGUACGAGGGCGAGCGUGGCAUGACCAAGGACAACCACCUGCUCGGCUCGUUUGUGCUGUCGGGCAUUGCGCCCGCGCCGCGCGGCGUGCCGCAGAUCGAGGUCCAGUUUGAGGUCGACGUCAACGGCAUCCUCCGCGUUACCGCCGAGGACAAGGGCUCUGGCAACUCGGAGGAGAUCACCAUCACCUCGGAGACCGGCCGCCUCUCCGAGGAGGAGAUCCAGCGUAUGCUCGAGGAGGCUGAGCAGUUUGCCGAGGAGGACCGCGCCGCCACCGAGCGCAUCCAGGCCCGCAACUCGCUCGAGUCGUACGCCUACUCGCUCCGCUCGCAGAUCGACGACCCCGAGAAGCUCGCCGACAAGCUCGAUGAGAGCGAGAUCGAGGAGAUCCGCGACGCCGUCAACGUCGCCGUCGAGUGGCUCGACGACAACCCCGAGGCUGACAAGGAGGACUACGACGAGCAGCGCGAGGCUCUCGAGGCCGUCGCCAACCCCAUCAUCUCCAAGCUGUACGAGGGCGGUGCCCCGGGCGCUGGCGGUGACGACUUUGACGAGGACUUUGACGACCACGACGAGCUCUAG